UGCAACGAAUAUUCACUAUUGUCUCGUAUAUUACGGUAAAAGAGAUCUUUUGAAAAAUACUUAAAAAUUCAUCAAAUUUUGAUAAAGAAAAAAACAAAUGCAUAUAGUAGACAACAUUUUUAGAAGAAGAAUCUUGUUUUUUAUUAUAUAAAAAAUUCUAUUUCGUUAACAUAUUUACUGUUUUCUGAGGGUCAAUGAGCUUUCGUGCUUUGCACUUGACCCAGGUUCUACUCGGACCAUAUAACUUCUUCCGUCAGUACAUUCUUGUACGUCAUAAAACGUCGUACUGUAUGGUUGUGUUUUCGGUUGUUACUCUUUCCAUUAACACAAGUAUUGUGUAAGAAAUGGCGGUAGAUUUGGAUCCAAAUGAUCCUGAAGUACGAUUAUCACAAUUUCUUUAUGUUGGUAAAGAAUAUCCUGAUUAUCAGCCUGGAAACUGGUUUGUUCAUGAUUAUUUUCUGGCUAAAAAUGUCCUGUCUAUUGAAGAAUUAGCUGAAAAUACAGAGAAACAAUUAUUACCAAUUGAAAUCAUCACAAAGGCAUUUGAAAGUAAUCUUGUCCCUAAUCCAGAAACAUUGGUAUUUGCUCUUGCUGUUUGCUGUAGACAGAUGAAAAGUGAAAGUUUACGUCAUGCAGCAUAUACAGUUUUAAACAAAAUUUGUAUAUCACCACAGCAUUUCAUUUUGUUCAUAAAAUUUGCUUCUCAAAUAAGUAAAAAAAAAGAACUUGAUGCAACUGGUAGUUCAAAACAUGGAUGGGGUCAAGGUUUAAGAAAAGCUGUAAAUAACUGGUAUUUAUCAAAAACACCAAUGGAAUUAGCAAAGUGUGUUACAAGAUAUAAAGGCAGAUAUGGUUGGAAGCAUAAAGAUAUCAUAAAAUUGUCUCAUCCUGUACCUCUUAAUCCUGGGGGAGGAAUGGUCCUUAGAUAUGUAAUACAUGGUUUAGAAGAAGUGAAAAAAUACUGUGCAGAAGAUCCCACACUUAAAGAAAUUCUAGAUUAUAUUGAACAUGUCGAAGACUUUAAACACUGUACGGAUGAAGUACGAGCAGCAGGUCUUUUGGAGAUGUACAAACUAACAUUAGAUCAUGUACCUGGACACUUGCUGAAAUCUAAAGAGGUUUGGAAUGCACUAAUACCAUCGAUGAAUUUAGUCAUGCUUUUAACCAAUCUACAAAGAAUACACAAUCUUAAAUUACUGAAACCAACCUCGCCAACAGUUCCCAAAAUAAUAGAUCAAAUCACUAAUGAAGAAAAUAUUGCCCGAGAUAAGGUUCAUCCAGCUUUAGUAUUAGUUACAAUAAGAGAUUAUGAAAAUUCUGGAAAACCAUUAACGUACGAAAAGAGAAAAAUCAAAGAACAAAUUGAUAAACCAUCGCCAGUUCUGUCAAAACCAAAUUCUAAAAUCAUUGAUGCCCUUUACAAAAUGUUGAAUAUUUCCUUUUUUCAUAUUCAACCAACUGGUUUACGUUAUAUGGUAACGAUCAAUACGAAUAAAGCAAUGUUGGAAACAAAUACUUGGCGUAGCGGUAACGUGAAUGGUGCAGAAGCUGCGUGCAUGAUUGCACUUGCACUUCUUCGUAGUGAGAAGAGCGUCACCAUUGUCACAUUUAAGAAUCUUGGAAUUCAUGUUAUGAAUAUUGAUAAAACGGCUUCCUUUGGUCAAGCUAUGAAAAGAUUACAACAAAUGCCUGGUGGAAACAUAAAUUUGGCUAAACCAAUAUCAUGGGCUGCUCACCAAAACUAUAAAUACGACGUAUUUAUUAACAUUGUAGAUCAAAUAUUUGAGAAGUUUGAUACAUCUGAAAAAGCUCUCGAGGCAUAUAAAACAAAACUCAAACUUACAAAUACAAAAUUAAUAAAUUGUGCUGUGUGCUCUUCGUCGACUUAUCGUAAGCAGAAGAGUGACAAGAAUGUUUUGACAAUUAACGGCUUUGAUGCUAGUGUUCCUGUAGUUAUACAGGCUUUUGCAAAAUCUCUAUUUUAGUCACUGCAUGCGUAACAAUUUCUUCUUUGGCAAGCAGUACUAGCUAAUCAAUUAUUACGCUUUGAAAAUGACAUUAAUUCGAUGUUUAAACAGAUAAGUCUAAAAUAAUUUUUAUGAGUCCAUCGAUUAAGAAAUACUUCAAAAUAGUUAGAUUACUACAAAUCAGACUCGUAAAAUAGUUUCCAAUAAUCUAUAAAUGUUGCUAGUCUGAUACUUAUACAGUAGUCAGAGCAUGCACUAGUUGAGCAUAUAAAAUAAUUGAAAUUAAACUUAAAAUCACUAUCAACGUGCAACUUUUGCGUAUUUGUAAGUACCACAAAAACUGGUAAAUGAGGCUUAAACUUUUUCAUUUAUUGAAAUUCUGCUAUUAAAACGAAGGAGAUUAUUAAUAAAUGAUAAUGUUUGACUAUUCAAAAGGACACAUUCAGGUAGAAUGUAAAAACAAUUUAUCUUAGAACGCCGAAAAAAUUAUUUAGUCUAAACGAAUUCUUUCCGUACUGAAAUAUUAAUAUUGACAAUUCACAUCAAUCAUUUUAGUACAAAACUAUACUUCUACAUUUAAUGUACAUUUUUCCUUUGUUUGUUUAACCCCUUUCCCUACGAUUUAAGUUCCGAAUUCAGUCAAGAAAAAAGAGAGUUUGUCGCAUGUUGCCCGAAGGACGUACCACAGUUCUCGCACGUGUUCUUCAUGUUUGGCCCGAAGGACGUACUAUGAGUCUACCACGACGUUGUAGAUUAAGGGGUUAGGUUUUAUAUGAUGAAAGGAAGAACGAUUCGGCACUUAAUUAUUUUUUAUUACUAACUCCUAAUCCUAUAAUUAUAUCAUGUUAAUACUAACACAUUACUAAACAUUACUAAAUAAUUACUGCAUGUUUUUAGUGUUUAGGGUGAGCUGUGUAACUUUUGAUAGUAAUUUUAUUUGUCUUUAGAGAGUGAUCCAACAAAUUUUGUAAAUAUUUAUUUAAAAGAACGAUACAAUGAUAAAUGAAUUAAUAAUUGACAAGUAAAUGAAUGUGAUACACCUGUGAUCAAUCACUUGAUUAGAUAAAUGAAAAUGUUUGAAACGGCAUGGGCCAUCUUGUAUCAUUUAGAAAACAGGUACAUGUUUACUAAUUUAUCGCUUUCCAUUUGAUAAAAUUAGUUGCACAGCUAAAAAAAUUAGGAUAAGACUGCAUAUUAGAUACAAAAUAAGUAUCUUAAAUAACCCAAGGUGCAUUUUUAACUAAUGGUAAAAGAUACUUUUACUUUAAUAUUGCCUGCUUAUUUCCACUGGUUGGCGGUAAAGCUUUCUGUAAUAUCUUUAAUAAGAUAUAUAGAUGUAACGUGAUCUUUAAGAUGAUACAUUAUCGAAGACUGGUGUGCUUCUGGAAAUUCCAAUAAGAAUUUGAAAAAAAAGAUAGAAAUGUUGAAAAUUUUCCCACUGUGAUAUGCAUUUAGCCCCAAAGAAUAUAGAUUUACAUUAGUAUAAUUUUACUGUUAUUUCAUAUUUGCCAUAUCCAAAGUAAAUGCGACAAAUACUAAAUACACUACUAAUAUAAUACUGUGAUACAGAGUACAUUGUUAUUGUUCAAACUAGGUGAAAAAGUAAGUAAAUGUAACCAGAGGCGCACCAUGUAUCUGCUUCAUUUGUUGAUUAGUAUCUAUAUCUAUUAGCACAUCAGUUUUUGUUAAAAAAAAAAGUGGCAGUAUCGAGAGAUACCUCUGCUUCUAUUUCGAUCCUUGAAUUACCCUCGUGGGAUCCUUUGAUUUCCAAAGCGAGAAGCAAACUCUUCUUAAGAAAUGUUGCUAAAAAGUACAGCGUGGAUGGAUUCUCAGGUCUGACAAACAUUUAAAUUAAGUGCUUAAAUAUUCACGUGUUCUUUCCAGCCUACUUGGUAAUUCAUAGAUCGACGUUAAUUACAUAUUAUUAAUUUUAAUACAUAUAAAUCUGCAAAGUAUAAGAACAUUAUAGUUUCUUCAAAGAGAAAAAGUAAGAUUUAAGCAGAAUUAUGUUUGUAAUACCGAAAAUAAUUAUUGUAUGAGAAGUUAAAUUUUUCCGAAUGAAGUUCAUUCUGUAAUCUUCAGCCUUAGCUGCGCGACGCCUUAGAAGACUAUCUAAAAAUGACAAGUUAUUAAAAAAUAAAAAUAUUUUUAGAUAAAUUUUUGGUAAUAGACAUUCAUGAAGUUUUAUAUUGCAUUUGGAAGAUUAUUUAUAUAAAGUAUUAACACUUAGCAACCGCGCGUGCCACACCGAACUAUACUAUUCUCAUCGUGCUCGAACAAAUCAACACCACUAAAUUAGUGUAUUUUAUUAUAUACUGUACUUUAUAAAAGCUGAAAAAGUCCAAUUACUUGGAAACAAUUCCAUGUAAACAAUAACUGAUAAUAAUAAAAGAAAAACGCGUUCCUAAGGUCUAAAUGGGAGAUAUUCGAUCGACCGUGUAGCGAUUUACUUUAAUGUGGAGAGAUAUCUCCAUUUGGUUGGCUAAGUGUUAAAUUUUGUCGUCUCAUAAAAGGGAGGAAAUUAAUUUUUUUCGUAAAAAACAUUACGAAAGAUAGGCGAAAAAAUAUUUUAAUAGUCGCGCAUCUAGUUAUUGUUUACUCAUUAAGAGUAAUAGAAUAUAUGCUACAUCUAUACUUGUAGCUUAUUUUAAUCGUUUACAUCAUGCAAAGUAGUUUAACAUACAUGUUUUUAUUUAACGAUCGAAGAGAAACAUAUAAAUUUUAAAAUAAUCAUUAAUUAUGUAUUAUAUCACUGUCAUUUUACAACUGCCAUUUUUAUUGCAUAUUAUAUUUUACGAUCUUUAAUUGACUUGGCAAUGGUAUUAAAACGUAAUGAUUAUCAAUAUUGUAAUCAUUAAUCAUAAAGGAAGUAUAUACUUUUAGAUUUUUUAAUGCUUUCGAUGAAAUUAUGAAGAAAAUUUCUUUUCGAUCGUAUAGCUUAAAUUAGGCAUGUUCAUUGUCUAUCGUAAGAAUACGUCCGAUGUUAAAAACGGAAUGUUAAAAAGAAAAAAAAAAAGAAAAAAACAUAAAAACUACCGCAAUGCAAAAACAGAUCCACCUGGAAAGAUACUGUACACGUGCGCUUUUCUUUUAAAGUCCACACAAGAGUUCAGGUUGUACUGUUCUACCUAUAUGAAAUAUGAAAAACAAUAUAUUCAAUGUGUUAAUACUAGUUAAGAAGAAAAAAGAAUAUUUACCGUAAGAAAAAAAGAAGAAGUGAAAAUUUUACAUUUCAUAAUGAAUGAUGUGCGUAACGCAUAAAAAGAUAAAGCAAGUUCAAACAAAAAAGUUAGCUUCCUUAUAAGAAAUGAUCUGGUUUUUCGACCUGAGAUAUUUAAUUUUCAUCAGGAAGCACAAAUUAUUCAUUUCAUGAAUAUAUAUUCAUAUAAAUAUUUUACACACGAACAUACUGUUGAUUAAUUAUCGGAGUCUCGACUUAUACAUAAUUGUAAUGACAUGUUCUUUAGGAUUAAUGAGAUUCAAAAAAGGGGAGAAAAACUUAUUGUACCUGCAUUUUUAGUGUACUACCCUCCGAUGAUCCGUUAGAAAAGUGCUCACCAUCCAUCACAUAUAAACCUUUUUAAGCAAUGCCAAAAAAACUGUUAAAUGUUACGAUUGUACAAAAAAGAAUUAAAAAAUACCUCGUAUAUAUUUUGAAUAUAUCGACGGAUUCACAAUUGGGUUGCACUAAUUAUGCCUCCGAAAAUGCCUACUUUUCGGCCUUACUGUUUUUAUUAAAGGAAAAAGUACUCUAAACUUGCAAAGUAGACAUUCAUUUUAAGUAUUUUUAAUAUGUAUAGUUAUCAGUUAUUUAUUAUUCAUUUCGAUAUCUAUUGCAUUCAUAAAUGGUUUUACUCAUUUCGAUCUAUGUCUAUUGUA